AUGAAUUCGAGUCUACCAGGCAAAGAGAUCAUCGCCUAUGGAUGCCCGUUCUAUGAGGCUAUGGGGGAAAGACUUCAUCGACCUUCGACUCUAACCCAAGCUUUCCUCAUUAUCAUCACUGUCGUUCACAUUCUUACAUUUCCUCUCACCGCUGCCUUGAACGCGCUUGUUAUGUUCGCCGUUAAAAUGAAUUCUCGGCUGAGAGCCCACAAGUCCAACAUUGGACUCGCCUUACUAGCUUUGACAGACUUCUUUGUUGGGGUCCUUGCGCAGCCUGCCUUCAUCGCCUUGAUUAUAACACUCUUAGUUGAUGAUUCCAGUAGGUCGUGCACAUUGCCGAAUUUCACAAUUGCCGUGUCAAGAAUUGGCGUCUCCGUCUCCUUAGUUCACACGGUUUUAAUAAGCGGCGAACGGUAUCUAGCCGUCAGACACUCGCUCGCGUGCGUUUCCCUCGUCACCGAAGUUCGUUUACUUGUUGCCUCUGUCUUGGCGUGGCUGCUAUCCAUAACUUUGCACAUUCCUCUCUCCGUUAACGAAUCUGUAUUUUUGCCCAUAAAGAAUACACUCUAUGGUCUAUGCGUCGUCUUAAUCAUCUUCUGCCACGUUACGGUUUACCUGGAAAUUCGCCGACACCAAAAGCAAAUUGCAGCUCAGCAAGUGACAGAGGAAGCAAGGGAACAAUUUCAAAAAGAUAAAAAGGCUUUCAAAGUGACAUUUAUCGUCAUUGUAGUGCUGAUGUUGUGUUCUUUUCCCAUAGUUAUCUUUACAGAAGUCCUUAGAAGAUAUCGAGGAAAAUUAUCUUUGGGGGUAUUUUAUAUAUCUUUCUUUUCGGCCACAUUGAUGGCGUCCUUGAACUCUUUCUUCAAUCCUCUUAUUUAUACUUUCAGACUAAGAGAGUUUCGCGUAGCUUUAAUCGGCCUAAUUUGUAGAACCGUGAACAUUGCCGAAGCUGAACAGAUUGAGAUGAAAAUAUUUGGCGCACCAAACGCUGUGGCCAGAAUUGAAGUAGGACAAGGACACCAAGGACAAGCUCAACGGAACGCUGAACAAGCCGGUCUAAGGAUUACGAACAACAAUAAUGUUAACAAUGAUGUUUUGUCAUAGAAACACGAGUAUCGAGUCAGUCUAUGGUUUACGAACUUUGCAAUUAUUGUCAGACAUCAUGGCUUUAGGCACUGGAAUUUUUUGUAAUUAUCAUUUUCUUGAAGGAGAAUGUUUGGAGGAAUACUAGCUCCAGAUUGUUGCAUAAUACAUUUAAAUAAAGUUUCAUUGGAAACAGCUCUUCCUUGUCUCUUUCAGGUCGUUUCAUGCACCUCGUAAUUAGAAAUACAGUAAAAACCCGAGAGUAAGAACCUGUUAGCCUAAAACUUGCCAUUUAUACCCUCUAUAAACAAGAACCUGUUUAGCCUAGAAAAUGAAAAACAGGUUCUUAUUUUUUAAAAUCAUAUCAGUGAAAUGCAGCUGCAAAGCUGUGCAAGAAUCCUGUUUGGAGAAUUAGGAGCUUGGCAUUGCUGUGCAAAUAAAGAUGCUAAUUUAUUGAUGUAAUGAAAAAAUAAAGUGCAAGAGGUUAAUAUUGUUGUAUCGCAUUUUAAAAUUGAAAUGUAGGCCUGUUACCAUCUUGUUUUGUAGCUUGUUUUUUUGUGUGUAUUUUUUUUUACAGAAAUAAGAACCUAUCUAAGAACCUAAAUAGCCUAAAAUUGUAAUAUAAAAUAAGAACCUGUUCAGGCUAACUCCAGAAAAUGUAGGUUCUUACUCGCGGGUUUUCACUGUACGUGUAUCGCAUUACUUGUAUCACUUGGGGGAGGGUGGCUGUAAAAUGUUAGAGAUGGGAGGGUGGGAGAAAAACAGAGUAAAUUGUGUAACUGAGGAGGGUGGGUUUUAAAACUUCGUCCCAUGUAAGCUAAUGCUAUUUGCAAGCAAUACUUUUUUUUUAGAAUAUUUGUGGAGAACUGUUCUAUUUCCAAGGUGUCACAUUAAGGAAGAAUCACUUUAGAGGACAUGGGUCCUUGCGUAAAUACUUGCCUGCGUGGUAGGCGAAAAAAGGGGAGGGGGAGGGGGAGGGGGAGGGAGAAAAGCGCAAAAGAGGGGAAAAGGGAAUCCCCCUCCUUUUUCCUCCCUAUCCCCAACCUCUUUCGACGCAUGCUACGCAGGCUAUGUAAAUACAAGAGAUAAUGAGCUCAUUCUCUCUUAAUAAAUAUGAAUCCGGCUCAACAAUUUUAUCCUUCCUUGGGCUUACUUUCGUAGAAUGUGGGCUCGUUCUUAAAAUGCAAAUCUAUCAGUAAGUAAAGAGCGUCUCUAUCAUCAUCAUUAUUAUUAUCAUUAUUAUUAUUACUAUUAUUAUUAUUUGCCAUUUCUGAUUGGCUUUACAUCAUCAAUGACAGUCAAACCAACAAACCGUGAACACUGGAGAAAUUUCGGGAAUGAUUAUCGUGCUCCUGGUUAUGACCAAUCAGUGCAAAGAUAGGGACAUGUGAGCUAGCCACAAAACCACAAAUUAAUUAAUCUUGUUGCUUGCAGUUUUCUCACGUCUGAUUGGCUUUUUUCUUGCUACACAAAAUAUUUCUGGUGUUCAAAGUUUUGCUGGUUUGACAGAAAACCCUUGGCUAAUUCUCUAUAAGUAGCUGGCUCUGAUCAAAUUUCCAGUGCGCUCAUAGCUGCACGGAGCUUCCACUAAUUUUCGCAGAGAAAGCAGUCUAAAGUGUCAGAAGUGUAGUUCUUAAUAACGCCGUGACACAGGCCUUCGAAGAAGCAAACUUCUGUAUUUUAUGGAGUAUUUUUCUCCAUCACUUGCAAUUGAAUCAAGCCGAGUUCGGCCGUUAUGAAAUACAUUAAAUUAUUUUAGAGUUCAGAUUGCGCCAGAUUGUAUCCUAGAGUACUAAAAUUUUCAAAUUUUCCCGGGGGAGCAUGCCCACGGACUCCCCUAGUUUCUCGUGCCUUCGGCACUCGUCAUUGGUGCUAUCGCACCAAUAUUAAUCAUAUUCUCAGUUAUGCUCCACCAAGGAAAUUUCCCGGCGCCGCCCCUGAAAUGAAUGAGAUCACAUGCCGCGCGUGACAUCUGUUCGGGUGGGUCUGCCUGUGCAGGUAUGAUCGAGAUUGAGUGUAACAGUGAAAAGUACUUAUGUAAGCCUGGCUAUGAUGAUGAGUUGAAAGAUGAUAUACAGCAGACACUUUUUGUAAGCUCAGGUACAAUUAUUAGAAUACUCCUCUGGUCUGUGAUUACUACUAAUUAGACUACUUGCCACAAUAAUGACGUACCCAGUUAUCUAGUAGUUUUGGUAACGGAUCAGAACAUUUUCCACUUACAAAAACCACCAAUGAUUAAACCACCAAAUUAAACAAACCAGUGCUCGACCCAGGGAAGGGGCCCGGGGGGGCUGGCCCCCCUUACUUUUAGACCAAACUGAGGCCCGAAGGGCCGAAAAAAAAUGUUUUUUUUGAGACCGCUCCCCGCCUCAUCUCAGGGUCUGGAUGACUCCCCCCCCCCCCCCCUCCCCCUUAUCUGAAUGUCUGGAUCUCCACUGAAAACUACAUACAGCUUUUAGGGUCCACUGUGUCACGGCAGUUUACAUUAACACAAAGUCUGAAUGCAAUUAAAGGGACAGAAAAGUUGCUCUUAGUCCUUGUCAGCGUGACGAAAAUCUCGGAUAAAGCACACAGUUUCAAAAGCAGCCAGAUUCGUCACAGGAUUCUCGUCCUUCUAAAAGUUGAGAAAUAUUUUGAGGGCUCAUUUGAUAGCCGUAAGCAUGUUCAACCCCUUCCCCCCACGUCUCCUCAGAGGGAUUGAAAUAUGGAGUAGUCUCUAGGGGCACUCUAGCGAGAAAUAAGUCCAAAGAAAAGAACCUAAAAAAAAAAGAGAAAUCCCGGCCCCAGACCAGACCAAUGCAGCCUCCAAAAAAGUAGGGGGCUUUCCGUCUUGGUCGGUACAGCUGGAUAACCCAGGGACUACCCUAACAGUGGGGGUGGAUCAGGCCUUGGGGGCAAAACAAGUGGGUUAGGGAGAGCGCUAUUUUGACACAACCCCUUCAGUAAGCAGCAGUGUUCACUAGAGGCUUUAGCUAGCAAGUGCCUUGUUCUUACUUUGCCCUAGCCAGCUGAAUCAGGCCUCUGCUGAGAAUAAUUAUCAUAAUAAUUGCAGGGGUCAGUGGGAGGCGCAGAAAGUCACCCAUUGUCCUGGGUGGGGAGGGACAAAGUCUUGGUACCAAGGACAUACUUAGCAUACGACCUGUAGACACUCACUGAAGCCAUGUUUACAUAAAUUCAGUCAGAGAUAUAUAUGUAUAAUUACUUUGCACCAAGUUAAUAACAUUUAUGUGUAUUAUCAAUGAAUUUGAUAGGCCUCUUUCCUGACAUUUCACAUUUCCAUUCAGCUAGUUUAGCUUUUUCAGGGUGUCCAACUACUGAGAAGUACCUAUUGUUCUUAAUUAUCAUUUAUUGUAAAUUAUUUUAGUCUGCAGUAGAAAUAAACUUGUUGUUGUUUCCGCGGAUCAGUAACGAAACAACAACAACAACAACAACAAAAAACAGUGCGACGAUCACUUUAACCGGCAUAUUUCUGGUGAGACGUGCGCGUUGCAAGCUUUCACAAGAGCCUUGUGAAGAGUUGUUAUCUCUGCCUCUUUAAUUCACAUGGCUUUGAUAAGCGGGGAGCGGUACCUAGCCAUGAGACAUUCUUUUGUCCACUUUACCCUCGUAACUGAAGCUCGUUUACUUGUUGCUUCUGUGUUGGCGUGGCAAUUUUCCAUGAUUCUUUACAUCAAUCUUGCCGUGAACGAUCGCGAAUCUGUAUUUUUGUGCAUUAAUAAUGCAUUCUAUGGUCUAUGCCUCGCCUUCAUCAUCUUCUGUCAUGUUACAGUUUACCGGGAGAUCCGCCGACAGGAAGGGCACAUGGCAGCCUAGCAAGUGACCGUCGAAGCAAGGGAGCAAUUUCAAAAAGAUAAAAAGGCUUUCAAAGUGACAUUUAUCAUCAUUAUAGUGAUGAUGUUGUGUUAUGUUCCGCUACUAAUCUUUAGUGCUGUCUUAGAAAGGUUUCGAAGUAAAAUGUCUUUGGAAAUGUUAUAUAUAUACUUAUUUACGAGGACACUGAUGGUGCUCUUGAACUCUUUUUUCAAUCCCAUUAUUUACUCAUUAUUUUAGACUAAGAGGGUUGCGCGUAGCGUUCAUUGAGUUAAUUUGUAAAACUGCGAACACUGCCGAGGCUGAACAGAGAGAGAUGAAGAUAUUUGGAACACCAAACGCUGUGGUCAGAAUUGAGGCAGGACAAGAAAACGAAGGACAAGCUCGACAAAACGUGAACAAUCAAAUAUAG